GGUGGCAGUUUGUGUGCGUGCUUGUCGCCGUACAGUCAGCGUAUCUGCACCCGGACUACAAGUGAAAAUGCCCACAGACCUGAGCCAGUGGACCGGGCGUCUCGCCCUGCAGGAGGUCGAGGAUAAGCCUGCCCAGCCUCUGACGAUCAAAUACGGCUCCGUGGAAAUCAGCGAGCUCGGUAAAGUGCUCACUCCACACACAGUUUUCACCUGUGUUCACGUGCAGGUGCAGAAUCGGCCCACCUGCAUCGAGUGGGAGGGAUGCGACCCCAGCAAGCUGUACACUUUGGCCCUGACUGACCCUGACGCUCCCAGCAGGGAAAACCCGAAAUUUAGGGAGUGGCACCACUUUCUGGUGAUCAACAUGAAGGGGAACGAUGUGUCCUCUGGCCGCGUCAUGUCUGAUUACGUGGGCUCUGGUCCUCCCCAGGGCACCGGUCUCCACAGGUACGUGUGGCUGGUGUACGAGCAGCCAGGCAGCCUGUCCUGCACCGAGACCGUCCUCACUAACCGCUCCGGAGACGGUCGCGGCAAGUUUAAGAUCCAGAGCUUCAGGCAGAAAUACAACCUGGGAGCUCCGGUGGCUGGAACCUGCUACCAGGCCGAGUGGGACGACUACGUCCCCAAACUGUACGAACAGCUGGCCGGAAAAUAAAUGAACAGACUCGGCUGUAGAGCGUUCAGCACGAGGAAAUCCCACAAAGGAAAUGGCCUUUCUUUCAAGAAGCAAAAAACCCCAACAGUAACAAAGCAUUUUUUUUGUGCGCGUGCCACAGAUCAGUGUAUUUUUUUCCCACUGUUGCCUAACCAUGCUAUAAAAAAUAACUUUCACUCACCUGCAAUAAACCUGAUAAACACUGAAA